AUGCCUUCGACCAUAUCUGCCAGCCGCAAGCGCGUCUUCGGCUCCGUCUUCCCACCCGCGUAUUUCACCACCGCGCCGGCGUCUCGGUUAGCCAGCGCAAAAAGUCCGCAUCAUUCCGAGUCUGAGAGGAUUGAUGACCAGGAGCAAUAUGACAAGGAGACUUGGGAUCGUGCGUGGCAUGUAGCGACCGGGUUUCUGCGCCUACCGAGCGAAGGGCUUGCGGAUUUGACGCGGUCAGAUGACGAUGAGGAGUUUCUGCAGCGAUGGAGGGGCCAUGCGAGCUUCACGAAAGAGGUCAAGGAUGCAUUGGACUAUUUGUUUCUACCGUUGGCCAAGGGGGAAAGUCUCGCGACGGAGCAGCAGAGUAUACUCGAGUGGUACCGCCUAGAGAUACGGGUACAUUUCCUACGCAACUUUCACGAGGUUCUGACAAAGGUGUUGGACUCAGAGGAAAAGGGGCAGUUACAGAGUAUUGUACGAAUCCUAGGACUUGCACGGCGGGUGUACUUUGCUCCGUUUGUGGAGUACCUACUACCACUCCUGAACCCUGCCGAUCAAGAACGGGAGCUUCGUGCAAUGGCGUAUACGUUCCAGAUGGUGGUGGGGUAUGCCCUGCCCUGGACACGAGUAUCCGAAUUGCUCUUCCGAGAGCUCACAAAGGACGCCCUCAUUAUCCUGGGGAUUGACGCGCUGGAUGAGGAAGCAAACUUUGACGAUACCGUCAGUGUGGAUAAUAUGGACGUCGACCGGCAGUACUCUGUCUCCUACCAGGAUUGGCGGGAAGAGCCGUCCGUGGAGAUUCGAAUGCAGAUGAUGACAGAGUACGAGGACGUGCGCGUCGUUGCUACCCGCCAACGCCUGCUGUCCCUACUGAGGAGCCUGCAGCGCGUUGGUUUAGGCGGGGACAAGGCGCAAAAAGUUUUUGCCAGUGUGAUGGACAUGAUGUUGACGGUAUUUAUUGAAUCUGCAUACGCCAACCAGUGGGAGGGGCCGUCGUUGGUCAGCCAGCACCUGCGACAAUGGAUUGAAAAUGUGUUUGCGCGGCUGGUUGUGCAAGUUCUGGCCAUCAUCAACCACGACGAGACUGAAUCGAAUGGGUCUGGCCGUCUGGAUGUGAGUUUAGCCGAUGUGGAGAAGUGGCAGGAGAUGGGAAUCUCACGCCUGGGGUCACUCCGAACCCGGGAGCCGUUUGAUAUUAUUGUCGAGUGGCCUGCGAGCAGCGGUGCAAUUGAGGACUUGCGGCACUUUACGACCCAUCCGGGCGCACGGUACUGUCUGACGCAAGCGUUCAUCAAGGUGCUCAACCAACGGUUGUUGCAUCCCGGGGCGUCGACCAUUGACAUCUUACGAGUGUACAUCUCCAUCAUCCGCGCUUUCAACCUACUAGAUCCCAAGGGUGUUUUGCUCGACCGAGUUGCUCGGCCCAUUCGCAGGUACCUACGCGAUCGCGAUGAUACUGUCAAGGUCAUUGUGGGCGGGCUUCUGGCGGAUCCUUCGGACACGGACGAGCCCCAUCUCCCGUCUACCGGAGAGACACUUGCGGAGCUAUCCGCCGAGCUAGCCAAAGCACAUCAGAACUCACUGCGGGCCGACACUGGCGAGCUGGACUGGGAUGAUAUGAACUGGAUGCCGGACCCGGUGGACGCAGCGCCGGACUACCGGAAAUCUAAGAGCUCCGACGUCGUUGGCAGUCUGAUCAGUCUCUUCGAGUCCAAAGAGACGUUUGUCAGGGAAAUGCAAAACAUGCUGGCCGAGCGCCUUCUCCAGAAACGCGCAGACUUCGAGCAGGAGACGUCCGUCUUGGAGCUGCUCAAAGUACGCUUCGGUGACAAUGCCCUGCAGGCAUGCGAAGUCAUGUUACGGGAUAUCUUUGACUCUCGCCGGGUCGAUGCCGUGGUCCGCAACGACCAAGGGCUCGUCCAGCAGGAAGACGAGACCAGGCCUGAGCUGCAUGCGAAGAUCCUCUCACACUUCUUCUGGCCGGAAUUUCCCGCACAGGAAUUCAAAGUACCCCCGGAAAUUGCGGCGCUGCAGGAGCGGUAUGCCACGGGAUUCGGAUCGCUCAAACAGUCCCGGAAACUCACCUGGCUCAACGGGAUGGGACAGGUCACCGUCGAGCUGGAUCUCGAGGACCGAGUGUUUGUGGACGAGGUGACGACCUGGCAGGCCACCGUGAUCUACGCCUUUGGCUCUGGGGAGGGGGCCACCAAGACGGUGGAUGAGUUGUCGGCCGAACUGGGCAUGUCGACGGCGCUCGUGCGUAGUGCAUGUCUCUUCUGGGUCAGCAAACGCAUCCUGAGCGAAGUGCAGCGCAAUACCUUCCGCGUUCUGGAGGUCCUACCCAAUGACGAUGACACGGGAGCCGUCGGUGCCGCGGGCGUAUCGGCGACAGACCCUGGUCAGGCCAACGCCGCGGCAGCAGCCGACGCAGCAGCGGCGGCGGCAGCCAAGGAGACGGCCGAGGCGGCGGCGAUGGAGAAGAUGAACCUGUACUGGCAGUUUAUCGUCGGCAUGUUGACCAAUCAAGGCGCGAUGCCGCUGCAGCGCAUCGUCAUGAUGCUGAAGAUCGCGGUGCCGGGGGCCUUUCCAUUCAGCAACGAGGAGCUGCGCGAGUUUCUUGCAGGCAUGGUCGCCAAGGGCAAGUUGGAGAUUAUCAGUGGAGGGAACUACAAAAUAGUGCAGUAA